AUGGCUCGCAAGAAGGUGUCCCUGCAGUGGAUCGCCAACGACGCGACCCGCCGCGCGACCUUCAAGAAGCGCCGCAAGGGCCUGAUGAAGAAGGCGAGCGAGCUGGCCACGCUGUGCGGCGUCAGGGCCUGCGUCGUCGUCUACGGCGCCGGCGAGUCGCAGCCGGAGGUGUGGCCGGAGGCCCCCGGCGCGGCGGAGGAUGUCGUCGCCCGCUUCAGGGCCGUGCCGGAGCUGGACCAGUGCAAGAAGAUGCUCGACAUGGAGGGCUACCUGAAGCAGCAAGUCGACAAGCUCAGGGAGCAGCUGCACAAGGCGCAGCGCGAGAACCGGGAGCGCGAGACGGCUCUCCUCCUGCACGACGCCAUCGCCGGCCGCCUCCCGGGACUCGCGGGCCUCUCCGUCGAGGAGGUUGGCAGCCUCGGCUGGAUGGUGGAGAACCGCAUCCAGGCCGUCAGGGCCGCCAUCGCGCAGCUCCAGGGGGAGGGGCAGGACCUCCCGGCGGCGGCGCUGCAGCUGCCGCAGCCGUCCCUGCCGGUGGCGCCUUAUUACGGCAUCGGGGCCGGCGCCGGCCAUGGGGAGAUGAUGAUGCAGGCGCCGCACCCGCAGGGUUGGAUGAUGGCCGGAGGGGAAAUUGGCGCUCUGGCCUACGGUGGCUUCGUCGGCGCCAGCACCGGCACCAGCACCAGCGCCGGGGCCGACAUGCCGCCGCAGUUUGGCAGCAUGGGUGCCGGGUUUGCGUGGCCUGACACAGCUGGUCAAUCUUUCCCUUCCAUGUAA